AUGGCAUCUCAGUUCAAGGAGCUCAAGGCUUCUGAUAUUGAAGACAUUGCUGCUGGCACAACCUUUCGCUCUAAGGUGUCUUACAACCGUGGCGCUGAAAAAUCAGAGAAGGAGCUCAAGCAGUCUCGCGAGAAGCACAUCUCUGAGCAGCCGCUCACCUUCUCCAACUUCUUCCAGAAGAUCCAAUGGAUCAAUACCACCUUGAUUCUGUUGAUUCCCUUGUUUUGCACAGUUUUUAUUCCCUACGUCCCCUUGCAGCGCAAGACGCUUAUUUGGGGCACUGUCUGGUACUUUUGCACCGGCUUCGGUAUCACUGCCGGCUACCACCGUCUGUGGUCCCACCGUGCCUACUCGGCUCGUUAUCCUUUGCGUCUUUUGCUUCUUUUCUGGGGCUCUGGUGCCGGCGAGGGUUCCAUCAAGUGGUGGUCUAACGGUCACCGCACUCACCACCGCUACACUGAUACCGACAAGGACCCCUACAAUGCCAAGCGUGGUUUCUGGUUCAGCCACAUGGGCUGGAUGGUGUUUGUUCAGAACCCCAAGCUCAAGGGCCGCACCGACAUCUCCGACUUGUUGACCGACCCCAUGGUCAUUUCCCAGCACAAGUACUACUUUUACUGGCUGGCUGUUUCUGCCUACCUGUUCCCUAUGGCUGUUGCCGGGUACUUCUGGGGCGACUGGAAGGGAGGCUUGCUGUACGCAGGUGUCUUCCGUCUUUUCUUUAUCCACCAGGCCACCUUCUGCGUCAACUCGCUUGCUCACUGGAUUGGUGACCAGCCGUUUGACGACCGCCGCACUCCUCGUGACCACACUUUGACUGCGCUGGCCACUUUCGGCGAAGGCAACCACAACUUCCACCACGAGUUCCCCAGCGACUACCGCAAUGCUCUCAAGUGGUACCAGUACGACCCAACCAAGCAACUGAUUUGGAUCAUGUCCAAGUUUGGUCUCGCCUACAACUUGCAGCGUUUCUCCCAGAACGUCAUUGAGCAGGGCAUGGUCCAGCAGAAGCAGAAGAAGCUUGACAGAUGGCGCGCCCGCCUUAACUGGGGUGUCCCCAUUGACCAGCUGCCUGUCAUUGAGUUUGACGACUUCAAGGAGAAGUCCAAGGACCGUGAUUUGGUUGUCAUCUCUGGUAUUGUCCACGACGUCACUGAUUUCGUCGAGAACCACCCCGGUGGCCGCAUUCUUAUCAAGUCUGCCAUCGGCAAAGACAGUACUGCUGUCUUCAACGGUGGUGUCUACCGCCACUCCAACGCCGCCCACAACCUGUUGGCUACUAUGCGUAUUGCUGUAGUCCGUGGCGGUUGCGAGGUCGAGGUCUGGAAGACUGCCCAUCGCGAACGCACCGACGUCGAUCUGGUCGAAAGCGAUGGCAAGAAGAUCCACCGCGCCGGCCAGCAGCCCUCAGCUGUUCGCGGCCACUUUGGUGCCCCUGGUGCUUGA